AUGGAAAACGUUUUCAAAGUGGAAAAUGUCAUUUUGAAUAGACGAGGAUAUCAUAUUCCAGGAAUACUUAUUUUAUCUUCCUUCCAUUUGGUUUUCAGUUUCACAUCUAAUGCAUCGGCAUCUACUAAUCCAAAAGAAAUAUGGAUAUGUUAUCCCAUGAUAGAGAAAAUUUCAAAAGCUAGAGGCUCGUCGUGGAUUAAUCACAGUAACGGCAAUACUAUAAAAAAUAGAAAUGCAGGGACACAGGUGGAUAAUACCCCCAAAAUAGUGAUGAAAGGAUUUGAUCAUUAUAGUGCGUCACAUAUUCGGUUGCAAUGCAAGGAUUUCACAUAUUACUCAUUUGAUUUCAUGAAUGAUUUAAUAUGUAGUGAGGUGUUCACAAAGUUGAGCUCGCUCAUUACCAUCUCAAAGACUGAAAAUGACAUUAGACAGUUAUAUGCAUAUUCUUACAAACCAAACAUGCAUGAACAGAAUUUAGAUGUCAAAGGUUGGCAAUUUUACGACCCCAUUGAGGAGUAUAAAAGAUUGGAACUAGUACAAGCAAACAGUCAGUACUGGAGAGUCACUACUCUUAAUACAGAGUACAAGUUUUCUCCAAGUUAUCCCAAGGUAUUAAUAGUGCCCAGUACUAUAUCCGAUAAUGUAUUGAAACAUGCAGGUAAGUUUAGAUCUAAACAGAGAAUACCGGCAAUAGUUUAUAAGCAUAAGUCGGGCAUCAAUGGGAACGUUAUAGCUAGAUGUGCUCAACCUCUAGUUGGUCUCAACAUACAGAAUAGAUCGAUACAGGAUGAAAAAUUGAUUGGAGAGAUAUUUCUUUGUCAGGAACGAGAGAGAAGGGACAAAAUUGAUAAUUCGUGUGGAAGCAGUAACAAUGUUGACGAUGAGUUCCAACGUGAGCAACCGCAACGCAACUUGUUAGUAGACCUAAGGCCAGUAACAAAUGCUAUGGCACAACAUGCCUUGGGUGCAGGUACGGAAAAUGUUGAUUAUUACCGUGGAAGACUGAAUCUUAACCCCAAGGACAACACUAAAGAUAAAGGAGAACGUGAAAUUAACUCUUCGCAACGUAUAAGGCAUAUUGACAAGAUUUUUUGCAACAUUGAUAAUAUUCAUGUCAUGAGAGACGCAGUUAAUAAAUUGUCUGCAAUAUUGAAUGACUUAGAUAGAUAUCCUGCUACUUAUGAUAAACUGUCAGCUUCUAGUGCUUUGUUACAACAGGCUUUGACAAAAACACAAUGGUUAAACAGAUUAUCUAUAAUUUUACAAUCAGUUGAUCGUAUUACCAAGUCAAUACAUUUGAAUAAUACAAAUGUAAUUAUUCAUUGCUCGGACGGUUGGGAUCGAACUUCUCAAGUAUCAGCAUUGUCACAACUUUGUCUUGAUCCUUUCUAUCGAACUUUGAAAGGGUUUAUGAUACUUGUUGAAAAAGAAUGGACUAGUUUUGGAUUCAAGUUUGCCACUAGAGCUGAUCACGGUGGGUGUAUUGGUGCAAUUAUGAAGAAGGAGAUUAAAAGUACCCUGGUUCAAGAUGAGACUAAUCAGAAUGAACCGAAUUCUGGACAGUCUUUGGAAAGCUCGAUGUACGGUGAAUCCCUGGCCAAUGAUAACUCGCAAAGUGUAACAAGUAUUGGCAGUGGAGCAGCAGCAAGUGUAUCUUCAUUUUUCCAGAGAGCAGCAAGAGCAGCAAGAGAAAUAAAAAACACAGCUCAAAACGGUCUUUCGUCGUCACCAAGUCCAGAAGAUGGAGCCGAUGGUAGCAGUUAUCCAUCAUCUGCUUCUAUCUACAAUGGUAGCAAUGAGAAAUCACCCAUAUUUCACCAAUUUUUAGAUUGCGUGUACCAGAUAUAUCGUCAGAAUCCAACACAAUUUGAGUUCAACAGCCGUUUCCUCAAAAGAUUGUUUUAUCAUUAUUACUCGUGCCAAUAUGGUACAUUCUUGUGCGACUCAGAAAAGGAAUUAUAUGAGGUCUACAAAGUUCAAGAUAGUACAGUAUCCGUGUGGGACUAUUUUAAUUCUCGACCCUCAGAAUUCUUGAAUAAUCUGUAUGCAAAAGAUGCAAUUGAAGAUAAUGAUGGUGUUAUAUUUUUCAAUUUUGCUGAUCUUAAGUGGUGGUUUGAAUUAUACGGAAGAAGUGAUGAAGAAAUGAAUGGGUUAUCUAAUUCUCUUGAUCGAAAGUUUGCACAAAUGGGAUUAAAUAGGAAAGAAUAG